AUGGUUGUUACACCUAAGGUACCAAAGACACUGAAAACCGAAAAAUUGGAGUUUACUCCUAAACAGAAAGUGGCGACAGUGCAGGUACCUAGGCUUAAAAAAGUUGAGGGUAGUAGAGUGAAGUCUACUGUGAAGUUGGUGGAGGUCCCUGAAAAGAAAAGCACACAUUCUGUGGAACGGGUAACCACUUUAAAAGGAACAGACACCGACAUUGAUACUGAAACAGAUGAGUCACAUAUGGGGGAUAAAAGGGGGAAGAGAUAUAGCUCUUUAAGUGAGACAGAAGAUUCUGACCAAGGGGUAAGGGGUAAUCCCAGCAAAAUACCCAAGUACUUAACAUAUGACGGGGUGUCAAACUGGACAUCCUUUAAAGUUAAGUUUGACAGUUACAGGCGAGCUAUGAGAUGGACGGAUGAGGAGAGCUUAGAUUAUCUGUCUUGGUGUCUACAAGGAAAGGCACUUGAUCAUUAUUCUUUAAUGGUCCAGAAUGGGCAUAAACUGUCGUUUCGACGAUUAAUGCGCAUGCUAGGUAACCGUUUUGGCACCACAGAGCUGCCAGAAACGGCAAGGGCACAGUUUGAUCAAGCUUGCCAAAAUGGGUGUGAGGCGUUGGAGGAUUGGGCUGAUCGAGUCCUGAUGUUAGCUACACCAGCAUACAGAGAGUUUAGGCACUUUGUAGUACAAAGGGAAGCUGUGAAGAAGUUUUGUCAGUGGUGUACGGAUAAGGAGGCUGGUAAGUAUGCGUGUUUACGGCACCCAUCAUCUAUGGAGGAGGCAUGGAACUUUAUAAAAGAGUUUCAGUACACAACCUCAGCCAUGGAGAGUGGUCGCCGCAAACGUAGGCCGGAUGAGGUACAGGUCAAUGUGGUUGACGACAGCAGAAAUGCGCACCUUGAAAAAAUGGUUGAGUCUCUGACAGAGCAGCUGGCUGAAUUAAAAUCUUCAGUUGAGGAAGAGAUAGUUACAUCAGUACAUAGGGUAUGUGCGGGAUCUUCGUCCGUAAACAUGAUGGUAGGUGAUGUUAGGGUAACAGCUAGGAUAGAUUCAGGUGCAGAAAUAACAAUUCUGUCUACUGAAUGUUAUAAUAAAUUGUCGUCAAGACCGGCUAAGGUGAAAGAGGUAUCCAUGCAAUUGGCAGAUAAGGAUGUAGUUUUGAAAGGGUUUGUAACUCAACCGGUAGAAAUACAAUUAGGAAAGCAAAGUUUCAAAUCUAGUCUGUAUGUAGCACCAAUUAGUGAUGAGUUGUUGUUAGGACAUGAUUUAUUACAUCAUUUAGGCGUAAGUAUAGACUGGUUGUCUGAAACAUUGGUAGUUAGAGGAGAGCACAUUCCAUUACAAACACAAUUUAAAGAAAGCAAACCAAAAAUAGCAAGGGUAACGAUAGCAAAAAGACUAGUAGUACCUCCAAAUUCAGUGGUUAGAGUUUCAUGUAAGAUAGAUCGGGCAUUGCAAGAUUACAUAAUCGAACCAAGUAGUGAGCUCAGUAUUGAAUCCCCUAGGGUACUGCGGAAGGCAGGGACGAGGCCUGUCAUGUCUUUUGUGAAUGCUACUGAUCAUUUUCAAACCUUUAAGAAAGGGAAAUUAGUUGCAAAUGCAUAUGAGGUUUAG